AUGGAUCCACAGUUUUUAUUAAAAGAUGAGGUGGAAUUUGAACUCGCAUGUCGUGGGUUCACUAAACCAGGGAGCUUAGUUUCGGCACUAAAGAAAAUUCUUAAAAAGAUGAUGCACGCUGAAAAUUUAUUGCAAGUUUCUUAUGAAAUUAAGCCUCCACCGUCAUGUUUAGCUACUCCUAGUAUAGAAUUAGGUAUAUGUUCAGAUAAAAUUAGUAAUAUCUUGUGUUAUAUCUCCGAAUUGCAGGAAAAACCUGACAAACAACUUUACAAACGCUUAGUGUCACGCUUAGUUCAUAUAGUAAAUAGAUUAAAAUUUAUUGCGCCUAUUGAAGAAAUUGAUAGGGAAAAAAAGAAAGCUCUCCUAGACAAAGCCAUUAUAUUGUUGAAGGACCUAGAAGAUAAAGAUGACAUAGAGGAUGGUGACAAUAUAACUCCGGAAAUGAAAGAGGCAUUACAGAAUUCCUUAGGUGAAGAUAGCAAAAUAAUUUUAAAUGUAAUUGCAGAGGAUGCCCCUUCGUCAGGUAAUGUUCCUUCUACUUCUAAAGAUAAUACAGUAGGGGAGGAUUUCUUAUUGCAGAAGCAACAUUUUGGUCAUAAAAGAGUUAGUUUUGCACAGGAUGAGUUAGAUAUUCAAACUUUUCCCAGUCCUAAUAAUUUUAAUAAAUUAUUAAAUUCUACAUCAGCUGAUGAAGGUAAUUAUACUCGCAAAUUAAAACUAGUUCCAAUAAGUCAAUGGGGUGUACAAUUUUCUGGGGAUAAUAGUUUCAGUGUUAAUGCUUUUCUUGAGCGUGUAGAUGAACUUAAGGACGCCAGAAAUGCUACUGAUGAUGAUUUAUGGAGGCAUGCUAUAGAUUUCUUUAGAGAUUCUGGUGCUUCUCGUACAGUAGUAAACUCUGAAUUUGCUGACACCUUAAGGCGACUGGGUGUAUCCGCACACAGGCUUAAAUCAUUUUCUAUGGCAACUGCCGACGGUACUAAUCAUUCCAUUACUAAGCUGUACGAUGUACCAGUACAGUUUAAUAAUCAAUUUCACAUCAUGUCCAUGCUGUUGAUGCCCAACUUGUCACAACCAUUAAUCUUGGGAAAAGAUUUUUUUGAUCUGUUUGGCAUAUCAUUUAAAUUUCAGGAUAAUGCCUCACAGCGGCAAAGGAUUCAUGCAAUUUCGGAAGAGACUUCAGCAAUCAUAUGCAAAGAAGACUUAAAUAAAGAUGAACAUGAAAGACUAACUGCUAUUAUUAACGAAAUCCGUGAUAAUAUAGGGACGGGGUUAGGUAGAACAACAAUUUUGAGACACACGAUUGACACAGGUACGAAUAAACCUAUUUAUCAAAAACAGUACAACUUUUCACCUGUAAUUAAAAAGCAAAUUGAACGUGAACUUGACGACAUGUUAAGCAAAGAUGUGGUAGAACCGUCACAUAGCCCCUGGUGCUCCCCUAUAGUAUUAGUUAAAAAAGCAGAUGGUACUAAUAGGCUUUGUUUGGAUAGUAGGCAGCUAAACAAAGUCACUAAGAGAGAUACUUAUCCACUACCACGAUUGGAAGACUCAAGUAAAGAAAAAACAGCUUUUGCUGUACCUGGAAGAGGCUUAUUUCACUUUAAAGUUAUGCCAUUUGGCUUGGUUAACGCCUCACAGACACAACAAAGGUUGAUGGAUAUGUUAUUUCAUGUUUUAGACGGAAAAGUUUGGGCUUACCUCGAUGACAUCGUAGUUUGUUCGGAAACCUUUGACGAACAUUUAAUUAUUUUAAAACAAGUCAUGAAUAUACUUAAAAAUGCUGGUCUGACAAUAAAUGUAGAGAAAUGUAAAUUUGCUCGAUCUAGUUUACGAUUUUUGGGUUAUAUUGUAGACAAAGAUGGCUUACGCACUGAUCCAGAUAAAGUCACAGCUAUAUUGAACUUCCCGAGACCAAAAAAUUUAACAGAGUUGAAGAGAUUCAUAGGAAUCGCUAGUUGGUAUAGAAGAUUUGUAAAAAACUUCUCGAUUGUUGCUGCUCCUCUUCAUAAUCUGACGAAAGGCAAGAAAAAUAAAAGAUUUUGCUGGAAUGAUGAAGCCGAAAAGGCGUUUUUAAAACUUAAGACGUUGCUUACGUCCACACCUGUCAUUUCAUGUCCAGAUUUUACCAAACCAUUUGUGAUACAAUGUGAUGCAUCGACCAAAGGAAUUGGAGCUGUUUUAUGCCAAAUUAUUAAUAAAGAGGAGCGACCUAUUGCAUAUCUAAGCAGAAAGUUGAAUGAUCGUGAACAGUUAUAUUCAACUUCAGAACGAGAGCUUUUGAGCAUAGUUUUUGCCAUAGAAAAAUUUAGACCAUAUAUCGAAGGUGUUAGUUUUACAGUUAUAACAGAUCAUAGUGCCCUUAAAAUGCUACACAAAAUGAAAGAUCCGCAUGGUAGACUAGCAAGAUGGGCUAUGAAAUUGCAACAAUUUAGUUUUGAUGUAGUGCAUAAACCAGGACUCGGCUUGGAAAGU